AUGGGGUACGAUGACAUAUAUGACAUGGGGAAAAAUGACACAAUAUUCGAGCUGUAUCAGCUUACCCCGCCUUAUUUGUUUAUUCCAGAAACAAUGCCUAGAGUCUACAAGCGAAAAACGGAAAGGGGUGGCAAGCCUCUUGAUGUACUCCAAAGAGCUGAGACAGCCUUCAGAGUAAGCGGGAAACUCCGAGAGACUGCCAGAGACUUUGAUAUAGACCCUAAUACUUUGAGAAGGUAUAUCAUCAAAGUUAAAGAGAAUCCCGGCAGGGUUGUGGAAACUGGGUAUACACGUUUGUCCCAGGAAAGGUGCAUCUUAAACCCGGAUAUGGAAAGUGACCUAGCAACUCAUAUUAAGGACUUGGCAGAUCAGUUUCAUGGCCUUAGUAUUGAGAAAUGUCGCGAGUUAGCUUUUGAAUAUUCAAAGCGAAAUGCUGUUCAGAUACCUGCCAAUUGGGAAAAAGACAAAAAAGCUGGUAAGGACUGGUUCAUGGCCUUCCGGAAGAGACAUAAUCUUGCCAAUAGAGCAGCGGAGGCUACGUCCCUGGCUCGCGCCACAGCGUUUAAUCGUCACACAGUGGGCAAAUUCUAUGAUAACCUGGCUGCCGUUAUGGACAAACAUAUGUUCCAGCCGCAAGAUAUAUAUAAUCUUGAUGAAACCGGUUGUACAACGGUACAGAAUCCUGGCAAAGUUGUCGCAUCUAAGGGUAAGAAGCAAGUUGGUUCGGUCACAAGCGCGGAACGUGGCGAAUUGGUCACUCUGGAGUAUGCUAUUAGUGCGGCUGGUAAUAUUGUACCGCCUAUGUUUGUCUUCCCUCGAGUGAAUUUCCGAGACCAUUUCUUGAACGGCGCUCCGCCUGGUGCCAUUGGAUCAGCAGCUAGGUCUGGCUGGAUGAAUGAAGAGCUGUAUCUGGAGUAUUUGAGACACUUCAUUAAUCAUACACGUUGUUCUAAAGAUCGCCCAGUCUUGUUGAUUCUUGAUAAUGUGGAAUCUCAUAUUUCUCUUGAGGCCAUCGACUUAGGUCGCGAAAACGGGGUUGUCAUGCUAACUUUACCUCCCCACACCUCACACCGUCUCCAACCACUAGACUGCUCCGUCUAUGGACCAUUUAAGACUGCAUAUAAUGUCGCAAUGGACAGCUGGAUUCGUAGCAACCCUGGGAAAACGGUAACAAUCUAUGACAUUCCAUCCAUUGUUGCGGAAGCUCAAAUCAACGCCAUGACUCACAGAAAUAUUCUUUCCGGUUUUCGUUCUACGGGAAUAUAUCCGUUCAACAGAACGCUUUUCACAGACAAUGAUUUUGCCUCUGCAUCAGUGACGGAUCGCCCAGAACCAAUGGCUGCUGCGGAAGAACUGGUAGAUGUAACACCUCCGACAAUUCACCCUGAAGACCAUUUUGAGCAGCCACUCACACAGGAGCCAAAUAAUGCUAUUGAAUCUAUGGCUUCCACGUCUUCUUCUGGUCUCCAAGAUACAGAAUCCCUAGUCGCUUCACCUGAACACAUGGAUCUAGGGGAUAGAUAUGUCUCUCCAGCUGCAAUCAUACCAUUUCCGAAAGCGCCAGCACGGAAAACAAAAGGCGGAAGAAAGAAAGGCUCCACUAAAAUAUUAACAAGCACGCCAAUUAGAAAUGAGAUAGCAGAAUCAAAGAAAGAGAAACGAAAACAGGAAACAGUCGAAAAAUCUACGAAAAAGCAGUUGUUUGAACAGAAAAGGAGAAAUUUUGAAAUGGACGACGAUGAGUCAAGUUCCACCAGUUAUGAAGAAAUGGAACUUUGCGACACAGAUGAGGACCUGGAAUCCGAUGACGAACUGAUGGAAGGGGACUUUGUUGUGGUAAAAUUACAAGGCAGUAAGGGACAACCAAUGCACUAUAUUGCUAGAGUAGAUGUUAUAGAUGACAAUGAGCUCGAGGGAGUCUUCCUUAAGAAAGUUAGUAGUCAUCCUAACAGGGUAGGGAAACCAGCUUUUGUGAUUGAUCUAGAUGAUGAAGCAUCAUUUCCGAGAGAAGAUUGUGUCAAAAAGUUGCCAACACCAACCAGUCUAACGGGUAGCUUACGCAAAUCAAACCAGCUGGUGUUUCCUUGUGAUUUGAGUAAAUGGGAACUGAAAUGCUAA